AUGGACAGCGAAGAAAGCUUCUGCCAUUGCUCUAGGAACAGCCACCUGCAAACCCCAAGUCUGCUCGCUCUCACUACUCCCGACAGGGCCAGUGGACGCAAGGGAAAUCGUGCUCACAGACGCAUCAGGAUGCUGGGAAGCUGUGGAUCUCUUGCCCAUAUCUCCGGUGAUAAGUCCCACUACGGUACAGACAUUCCAGCCUUCAAUAUGUGCAGCAAGUUUGUCGAGGGGGUGGGGAUGGGACCCACAUUCGCGAGAUUUCGUCACGACGAUGGUGAUCAUGCGUGGUGA